AUAAACAUGGAUGGGGGUUUAAAUGACCCGUGGGCAGGGCCCUAUCCACCAGGCCUGGCCUCUGAGUCCAGCGCAGGGCCCGCUGGGAACGCUCCGGGCACUGACCAAGGCCAGUGUGCCCUGGGCCCCGCACAGCUGGCUGGAUUGCAGCAUGGCCUCCCAUCCGCUGCUGGUGCAGCCCCCUGACGCCCUCCGCAGACCGCUCCACGUCCCCAGCCGGCUUCUGCUGGGGCCAGGCCCCUCUAACCUGCAGCCUCGGGUCCAGGCGGCUGGCCGACUGCCCGUGAUCGGCCACAUGCACAAGGAGAUGUUCCAGAUCAUGGACGACAUCAAACAGGGCAUCCAGUAUGUGCUCCAGACCAAGAAUGCCCUCACGCUGGCGGUCAGCGGGUCCGGACACUGCGCCCUGGAGACCGCCCUGUUCAACCUCCUGGAGCCUGGGGACUCUUUCCUGGUUGGGGUGAACGGCAUCUGGGGUCAGCGAGCUGCAGAGAUUGGAGAGCGCAUUGGAGCCAUGGUGCAUCCGUUGCUCAAGGAGCCCGGAGACUGCUACACACUGCAGGAGGUGGAGGAGGGCCUGGCCCAGCACAGGCCGGUGCUGCUGUUCCUCACCCACGGGGAGUCAUCCAGCGGGGUGAUGCAGCCCCUGGACGGCUUCGGAGAGCUCUGCCACCGGUACCAAUGCCUGCUCCUUGUGGAUGCUGUGGCAUCCCUUGGUGGGGUCCCCAUCUACAUGGACCAGCAAGGCAUUGAUGUUCUGUAUUCCGGCUCCCAGAAGGUCCUGAAUGGCCCCCCAGGGCUCUCCCUCAUCUCCUUCAGCAGCAAGGCCAAGUGCAAGGUCUCUGCCCGGAAGACCAAGCCCUUCUCCUUCUACAUGGACAUCAUGUGUCUGGCCAACCUGUGGGGCUGUGAUGAUAAACCUAGGAUGUACCAUCACACCAUGCCCGUCACUGGCUUGUUCUGCCUGAGGGAGAGCCUGGCACUGGUGGUAGAGCAGGGCCUGGAGACCUGCUGGAGUCAGCACCGCCUGGCCUCGGCCUACCUGCACUCGCAGCUGCAGGAGCUGGGCCUGCAGCUCUUCGUGAAGGACCCGGCCAUCCGGCUCCACACGGUCACCACGGUGGCAGUGCCCCCCGGCUACAGCUGGAGGGACAUCACCGACUACUUGAUGGACCACUACAGCAUCGAGAUCACCGGCGGCCUCGGGCCCUCUCUGGGGAAGGUGCUGCGGAUCGGCCUGAUGGGCUGCAACGCCACCCGGGAGAACGUGGACCGCGUGGCCGAGGCCCUGCGGGAGGCGCUGCGGCACUGCCCCCAGCGCAAGCUGUGACCCCCAGCACGCCCCGGGGAGCCCACGGACGGCGCGAGGCCCGCAGACUCGGGCUGGGAGAGCCCCGUCCCGCUGGGCACUGCGGGCAGGGCAGGGCGGGGCAGCCUCUCCCCACACGUGGAACCUUCUGGAAUAGGGCCCACAGUGCCUCCUGCAGGAGCCCCCGUCCUCCCAGGACACCGGUGCCUCUCAGCACCCAAUAAAGGGCCGGUCCGCCAUC